AUGCCGGCCUACAACUCCAUUUUCAACAAUGACCCCAACCCUCCUCGCCUCAUUGGCAACUUUCCCAUCCUCCCGCUACGCACAAAGACGCGCGGACCGGCCUACACGCUUCCCAUCCCGUCACCACCGCUGCCGGCCAACGAGUCCCCCGACCCGGACAGCGACAGUUACGAUAUCCUCGACGAGGUCAUCUCGCUCUUCCGUGCCAACACAUUCUUCCGCAACUUUGAGAUCCAGGGUCCUGCGGAUCGCUUGCUCGUGUACGGAAUCUUGUUUCUGAGCGACUGUCUGCAAAAGAUUAAGCCUGGCGCGACGGCGAGAGAUGCGCAAAAGGAUGUCAUGAACUUGGCACUGGAUUUGAACUUUGCUAUCCCGGGAGACCCGGGCUUCCCCCUGAAUCAGAUGUACGAGCCUCCCAGGGAUAGACUGGAUGCCGAGCAGCUAAGGCAGUACAUGUCCCAGGUACGGCAGGAGCUGGCGGCGCGAUUACUUGCACGGGUGUACGCAGAUGACGAAACCAAGCCUAGCAAGUGGUGGUUGAGCUUUACCAAGAGAAAGUUUAUGGGCAAGGCGCUGUAA